UUGGUUAAUAUCGAGAUUAUCAAUGCUGAUGCUUUUGGAGAUAUUUCGUAAAAAAUGAGCAUAAAAUAUAAAAUAAUACUAUCAGUACCUGUAAUGGUAUACGUGAAAUGUAUUGUGACUAUUGUGGGAGAAGUUCAGGAGACUUUGUCAUCUCAUAAAGUACUACAGAAUUAUCAAGAAGCGGUACAAUGAAGUGAGAGUCUUAUGUUUUAC